ACGAAGUAAACUGUAGCAUAAAACAAUAAAGACAGUUUCCCGCCCAUCGCCCAGCGCGACAGACCCUCCGUCGCAUAGUACAUAACACAAUCUUCAUUCUUAAAGUUCAUAAAACCAAAAUUUGAUUUUUCAAUCUUGAGAUGUCGGCCCUCGAAGAAAUUACUAACAGCAACUCAGCCAUGUUGGCUACUAUCCAACAGAAGGCCAUCGAGAAAGCUAAUCGUCAGGUCAACCCGAUGGUAGAGUUCACCGAUUUCCUAAAGUACGAUCAAAACGGAUGCGAGUUGGAUCUAUAUUGCCGAAAGAAGGUCGAUAUGGAUCCCAAGACACUGAAGUGGGCCUUCAAGUUGGCGGAGCGAAACGUCGGACCCCAAUACAAAAGCUGCAGUCUCGGGUGGCAACCGAAGAUCAAGCAGGCCGAUUUGAAUAAAGCGUGGGCGCGAUACGUGGUGGCCGUGGAUCGGAAAACGAAAAAACCGGCCGGCUAUUCGAUGUUUCGAUUCGACCUGGACUACGGACGCAGUGUUGUGUAUUGUUACGAAAUGCAGGUCGAUUCGGAGUACCAACGGAAAGGGCUGGGAGCUUUUAUGCUGCAGGCACUGGAAACGAUGGCCCGGCAUUAUGGUAUGGAGCGGGUGGUGCUCACGGUGCUGAAGAACAAUCAUGAUGGUAUGCGGUUCUACAAGAAGUUAGGAUACGAUGUGGAUGAGACUUCGCCAGACAAAUCCGACAUGGAAGCUUAUGAAAUAAUGAGUAAAUCUAUGCUAUAAAUUAAUAAGGAUUUAGGAUAUAUUACAAAUGAAAACACAUUCUUGACUGAUUUGAUUAACAUCUUAAGGAUAAAAUACAGUUACAACAAUAUCAA